UUUUUUGUUAAGAAAAAUGAGAUGGAUUAGAAAGAAAAAGGGAAAAGUUUUGGCCAAAGAUGAAGGACAUUUUAUUACUUUUAUCGUAAUAUUUUUGGAAAUGUUUGAAAAAGAGAAGGGAAGAAAAUGGUCGAGUUUCUGAUAAAUUGUUUUUGGGCGAUAAUGUCAACCAAAAACUAUGAGAGAAGGGGGGGGGGAGAGGGUUUAAAAUAUUGCUUGUGUUUGAUAAAUGUUUUAGUGAUAGUAAAAAUAGUAAAAAUAUUGGGGAGGUUAUUUUUGGUAUUUUAACAAAAAAAAUUUUAUUAAAGGAAAAAGAGUAAGGGAGAAAAUUGAGAAAUGAUGGCCUUGAUAAGAGAAAAUUGAGAAAAAUUUAAAAAAAAGGAAAGGAGAGAAAGUAGGGAGCGGUCCAUAUUUUGCCAAUACACAUUUUGCCAAUAAGGCUAAAAUUUCUCGUUUUGUCAACAAACUUUUGGCAAAAUGUGGAGUUUUACCCUUAUUGGCUAAAUGUGCUAUUGGCAAAAUGUCAGAGGGAACGGUGGUAAAAUUAUUUUUUAUAUCUCCCUUUCAAUAAUUCUUCCUCAUCCUUUACUUUCUAAAAUUAAAAAAAUCUGGCUCAAUAAUAGACGGAAUAAAAAAAAUAUUUUUUUAAAGGGAUUUACUAGUUUAAACGAAAUCUUUAUUUAA